AUGACAGUGCAUUUGUACAAACAGGGCUUAGUGGUAAAGCAGGUCAUCAGCCAACUGGAAGUUCAUUUACAGUUUACAACAAACAANUCUGUUUCUAUCUAUAGCUCCAGAGAGGGUCUGAAUCCUCAGGCUGUGAUGAAAGUUGGACCACAUCUUAAUGAGCUUUUAGUGGACCUGCUGUGUCAGUUCAGCCCUCAGCAAGUCAUCACCUUCCUUAAAAUGUCUCGGGAUUACCGGCUAGAGGAGACCAUACAGAUAACAGAGAAACACAAGCUGCAUGAGGCUACAGCCUAUCUGCUGGAGAAGAAGGGGGAUUUACAUGGAGCCUUUGAACUGCUGCUACAGUUUUACAAAAAAGAUAAUAAGAAGAACAAUCACCAGUAAAGUCACUUAAGUUACGAAGAUUGCUUUCUGAAGUUCUUUUCUGGAGUAUGCUAUCUGUUAAGCCUUUGCUCAAGCAACGCAAUUGGUUAGAACAGAAU